GCGGGGAGCCCGUCACCCUUCCCCUCGGUUUGCGGCCGCCGCUCGCAGUCCCGCCGCAGUGCCUGGGCGCGGAAGGUGCGGGGCCACCCGCCAGAAGAGCCUGGUGGCCCGGCGCUCGCAUCCACGGAAGCGGCGGGGAUCCAGACACCCGGAGGACGCCGGGGGCCUGCAGAGAGCGUUCUCGGAGCUGACCUCGGAAACCGACGUGCCGGUGGUGUUUGUGAAGCGGCGAAAGAUAGGCGGCCUCGGUCCAACCCUGCAGGCUUAUCAGGAGGGCAGACUUCAAAAGCUCCUAAAAAUGAACGGCUCGGAGGAUCUUCCUGAGUCCUAUGACUAUGACCUCAUCAUCGUCGGAGGCGGCUCGGGAGGCCUGGCGGCGGCGAAGGAGGCAGCCAAAUACAACAAGAAGAUACUGGUCCUGGAUUUUGUCACUCCAACCCCCCGUGGAACUAGAUGGGGUCUCGGAGGAACCUGUGUGAAUGUGGGUUGCAUACCUAAAAAACUGAUGCACCAGGCAGCUUUGUUAGGACAAGCCGUGCAAGACUCUCGAAACUACGGCUGGAAGAUCGAGGAGUCCGUUAAACACGACUGGGAUAAAAUGACGGAAGCUGUGCAGAAUUACAUCGGCUCCCUGAACUGGGGCUACCGGGUCUCUCUGCGGGAGAAGAAAGUCGCCUAUGAGAAUGCGUACGGACAGUUUGUAGGUCCUCAUAGGAUUAAGGCAACAAGUAAAGGCAGAGAAAAAAUUUAUACAGCAGAGAAAUUUCUCAUUGCGACUGGCGAGAGGCCGCGGUAUUUGGGCAUCCCUGGGGACAAAGAGUUCUGCAUUAGCAGUGAUGAUCUUUUCUCCUUACCUUAUUGCCCCGGUAAGACCCUGGUGGUCGGAGCGUCCUAUGUCGCCUUGGAGUGUGCUGGAUUUCUUGCUGGCAUUGGUUUAGAUGUCACUGUUAUGGUACGAUCCAUUCUCCUUAGAGGAUUUGACCAGGACAUGGCCAACAAAAUUGGUGACCAUAUGGAGGAACAUGGAAUCAAGUUUAUAAAACAGUUUGUACCAAUAAAAGUUGAACAAAUCAAAGCAGGGACACCGGGCCGACUCAGGGUGGUCGCUCAGUCCACCAGUGGUGAGGAAACCAUCGAACGAGAGUACAAUACGGUAUUGCUGGCGAUAGGAAGAGAUGCUUGCACAAGAAAUAUUGGCCUAGAAACCGUGGGGGUAAAGAUAAAUGAAAAGAAUGGAAAAAUACCUGUCACAGACGAAGAGCAGACCAACGUGCCUUAUAUCUAUGCCAUCGGCGAUAUUCUGGAGGGGAAGCUCGAGCUCACCCCAGUAGCGAUCCAGGCGGGGAGACUGCUGGCUCAGAGGCUCUAUGCUGGCUCCACUGUCAAGUGUGACUAUGAAAAUGUUCCAACGACUGUGUUUACUCCUUUGGAGUACGGCUCUUGCGGUCUUUCUGAGGAGAAAGCUGUGGAGAAGUUCGGGGAAGAAAACAUUGAGGUUUACCACAGUUACUUUUGGCCGUUGGAAUGGACGAUUCCAUCAAGAGAUAACAAUAAGUGUUACGCAAAAAUAAUCUGUAAUAUCAAAGACAACGAACGUGUUGUCGGCUUCCACGUACUGGGUCCAAAUGCCGGAGAGGUUACGCAAGGCUUUGCCGCUGCGCUCAAGUGUGGGCUGACCAAGCAGCAGCUGGACAGUACCAUCGGGAUCCACCCCGUCUGUGCAGAGGUAUUCACGACUUUGUCGGUGACCAAGCGCUCUGGAGGAAACAUACUCCAGGCCGGCUGCUGAGGUUAAGCCCCAGUGUGGACGCUGCCGCUGACACUCCAAGUCACUGCUCUGUUAGCCCGCCCAAGUCCAAGGUGAAGUUUUCAGCAAGGGCCACGGGCUCUGGCACCCGCUUGCCCUGUGCUUACGGCAGCCAAGGCCCCCUUGGAUGUCCCGGGUAGAAGGCGGUGGAUGGAAGGAAGGCAGGCAGCGUCUCGCUGGGGUCACCAUGACGGACUGGAGCUGACACUCGGCAGUGCGUCGGAAGGCGCGUCCAUGAAGUCACCGGCCCCAAGCCCCCGUGGUGGGC